GUCUUUCAAUGGAAUUGUACAGUGUGUUAAAUAAAAUUGAAUAUCCUAAAAUGCUGCAAAAUAGAUACUAAUUUGGAAUUAAUCAUGAAUGUAUAUACAUUUACGUCCAUGUAUCCAUAUAUGUGUGAAUGUAUGGUAGAUAGUACACAUUGGUGCGUAUAAUAUAUACAUAUACAUUUACAAGCAUAUGUACAUAAGUUACAUUUUGUGCUGUGGAAACAAAUGGACGCAUAGUUCAAAAAGUCUCUAAGUAAAUUACAUACUGGACAGUAUUUAAAAAAUGGAACUGCCAGUGGUAAUGUUAUUACUGUGUUUUAUUAAUACAAUUGACGGAUCAAAAAAUGCGUCAAUUCAGAUAAUCGAAUCAUUACUUGGAGAAAAUGUUUAUCUUCCAUGUAAUGUCACUACAUAUGAUGGAGAUGAGGCAGUUUUAGUAUUGUGGUAUCGAGAAGACAAGGGCACACCAAUUUACAGCGUGGAUAUGCGGGCUGGUUUAUCGAGAGGGCCAAAACGAUGGUCGGACGAUGUUGUUUUUGGAGACAGAGCAUUUUUUGUUUUUGAAAACGAGCCUGGUAAACUUGCCAUUGAAAAAACUGAAGCGAUUGAUUCUGGAAUAUAUAGAUGUCGUGUAGACUUUCUUAAAGCUCAAACAUACAAUUCUCGAAUAAAGCUUAAUAUCAUAACACCAGCCAAACAAGUUAUUAUACGAGAUAGUGCAAACGUAGAAAGAUCUACUGUAGUGGGUCCAUACAGUGAAGGGGAUGUUGUCGCAUUAAAAUGUCAAGUUGUUGGAGGCUUUCCCACACCAUCAAUUUUUUGGUACCGAGAUGGAAUUGAAAUUCCAAGUGGAUCCACUUAUUUGACGGAAGGCAGGGCUCUUCAAAACGAAAUUUCUCUUGGACCCUUAGCUCGUGAGGACCUUAAUUCCAGAAUUACUUGCAGAGCUAGUAAUCAUCCAAGGGCAUCGGUUGUGGAGGCCGUUGUCCAAAUCGAUAUGAAUUUCGCGCCUUUGAAUAUCAGAUUGUUAGGAGCAUAUCAGCCCUUAUCAGCUGGACGGAGAUAUGAUUUACUGUGCCAAAGUGCUGGAUCAAGACCCCCUGCUGUUAUAACAUGGUGGCAGAAUGGCAUCAGGCUAGAGAAAACUACUGAAACGACUUCAAGCGAUGGGAAUCAAACUACAAGUACACUGUCAAUAAUUUUAAGCAAAAGUGAUGCAGGAAAGUACUUAUCCUGUAAGUCGUACAAUCAUGCUGUACCUUCGGAUCCAUUAGAAGAUGGUUGGAAGCUCGACAUUCAGUAUAUUCCUGAGGCAUAUGUUCGUUUGGGAACAUCUUUAGACCCCAAUUCACUGCGUGAGGGAACGGAUGUUUACUUUGACUGCUUUGUGGUGGCACAUCCUCAGGUGUUUCGCAUAGAAUGGCGCCAUAAUAAUCAGCCAUUAUUGCAUAAUAUUUCGCAAGGUGUUAUUAUAAGUAACCACUCUUUGGUUUUACAAGGCGUUACACGGGCUACCGCCGGUAAUUAUUCCUGCGUAGGCUUUAAUGCGGAAGGAGAAGGGAUCAGUGAGUCUUUUGCGCUAAAUAUAUUAUAUGCUCCCACUUGUGCUCAAAAUCAACCAAAAAUUUAUGGAGUUGCCAAGCAGGAAGAUGCAAAAAUAAAGUGUAUAGUUGACGCUAACCCCUUUGAUGUAGACUUUAGUUGGACUUUUAAUAAUUCGGCGGAAAGUAUUGAUGUUGCCACAAAUCAUAUAUCUCGCUUAGGUACAACAUCAAUUGUAACGUACACUCCGAUUACUGAACUAGACUAUGGUACAUUGCUUUGUGUGGCAACCAAUAAAAUAGGCAGACAGCGAGUACCAUGCGUUUUUCACAUAAUUGCUGCAGGUCGCCCUGAUCAAGUACACAAUUGCACGCUUAUAAAUAUAUCCAUGACGUCCUUAACCGCAACUUGCAGCGAAGGUUUUAAUGGGGGAUUACCUCAACUAUUUUUAUUAGAGCUCUAUGAUUCUAAUAGUCAAGAAAUUAAAGCGAAUAUUACAUCCACGGAACCAAGAUUUACAGUUGCUGGACUUAUUCCUGGUAGUGUCUAUGUAUUAUCAAUAUUUGCAUACAACUCUAAAGGACGUUCUGAAUCCACAAUAAUAAAUGCAGCAAUGCUAAGAAUGCCAGAAAAGCAGCUAACGUUCGAACAAACUAAUAAGCCACGCGCAGAAUUAUUAUUUUCACCAAUGGUGUCAUUAACUAUUGGCCUAACAUUGGCCGUGUUUGUUGCCACCUUAGCUAUUAUUCUUGCUCUACGAAUUCCAUGCGCGGCCACUACACGAAGAAGACAAAAAGAGUUGUCUAACGAUAAUGAGUCAAGAGACUUAUCACCAGGACCCAGUGAACAGAGUGCAAGCAAGGAUGUUGACGAAGCUGAUGACAAAAACCCAGAUGUGGUGCCUGAAGCAGUUGAUUUUGAGGAACAGCUUGAAAGUGGUAGAAAAAAACAGCACAUAUCAACCAUUGAUACAAGUUGCAAUGUUCGUAGAAAUGUCAUAGUGAAUACACCUUUAAGUCAAAAUAUGGAAGGGUCGGAAAGGGCUUUAUGUGCUGCUCAUAAUAUUGGUUAUUGUACUCUGCGAAAUGUUAGGCAAGGAUCAAAUGCAAAUUCGAUAGGAACCUUUCCAAUGAAUAUAACGCCACAUGUUUAUUCAAACGCAAUUGCUCAGUGUACACUUCCACGACAACCGUAUCCAAAUGAAUGGCCAAGAUUUUCUGGGACUAUGCAAGGGAACAGUCAUAUACCACAAAUUUCAACGUUUCAUCAACUAUCAGCAGAGAAACCACAUCCCCCACCGAUUCGAGAAAAUAUAGGGGAGUAUGCAGCAUCAUCGUCAUCAGCAUCCAACAGUUCAAUGAUUUCGUCUUCAAACACAUUUCUUCAAUCUCAAGGCCGAACCAUAGCAUUACAUCAUAUGAAUCAAGCUCAGCCCAGCCGGGUCUAUGUUGGAUCUCCGGGCAAUACCAUAAGCGCAAUUGAGCAAAACCAUUCUGACGAUGAAGCUACCGUCCAAACUCCGUUGAUGAUAAAACGAGACAGUUCCGUAUGACUAUAGAAUUUCCACGGGGUGCACAACACAGCCCUGUGACCUUAGAUAAAAUUUUAAAAAAUGGCUAACCCAUAGAAAUAGAUUUUUUAUACAAGUAAACUCUAUUAUUAAACAAUACUAUAAAAAAUAUCUAAGACGCUCAAAUAUUCCUUAGAAUGAAUUGAAUAAUGUAUGUAUUUUCUGCCGAGGUAACGAAACCAAAAAUGUCACUUCUCGCCUGUUUUAAAUGUAAUCACAUG